CGGUUCCAGCUCAGCUGCGCAGCGUCAUAUUCACGAAGAGGAAGCGCGCUUCGGGGUUGUCCACAUCGCUACGCAAUUUGCGCAGAGCUUGGAGUAAUGGCGUCUGUGCGAGACGAGCUCACUAGACUCACAAAAUGAAGAGACGGAGGGACUGUAUAUGCUAGCAGAGGGCCUUUAGAAGGGUUAGUGGGCACGGGAUCGCAGUGAGACUUGACGGGAGUGAAGGACUUGGAUCUGUGGAGCGCGAUGAUCAAGCUGAAGUCAAAGCAGACGCGCACGUAUGACCGAGACGGCUAUAAACAGCGCGCGGCCUGCCUGUGCUUCAGAAGCGCGCGCGAGGAGGAGGUGCUGCUGGUGAGCAGCAGCAGUCAUCCGGAGAGAUGGAUCGUUCCUGGAGGAGGCAUGGAGCCGGAGGAGGAGCCCAGUGUUGCUGCUGUCAGGGAGGUGUGCGAGGAGGCAGGAGUAAAAGGUACAUUAGGAAGAUUGGUAGGCGUUUUUGAGAACAGAGACAGGAAGCAUAGAACGUAUGUCUAUGUUCUCAUCGUAACCGAGGUUCUGGAGGACUGGGAGGAUUCAGUAAAUAUUGGGAGGAAGAGGGAGUGGUUUAAGACGGAAGAUGCCCGGCGUGUGCUGCAGUGUCACAAACCUGUGCAGGCGUCUUACUUCGAAGCCCUUCAGCAGGACUGUAUGACCAGCAACGGCACUUACAACAUGAAUCAAAACUCUCUCUCCAGCAUCAGAUAACUAGCACAACAAACACAGGAGCCUCUGCAAAAUUCACCAUGAUUUUCAACCUUUCCCCCCCCGACUGAACACUUAUUACAACUAGCACGGUUUUUAAUUUCAGCACAGUGAAAAUGAAAGCUGAUUGCCUUGCCAACCUUUCUUAGUGUUCAGAUGAAGAUCACAGUCUGGGCUCACAGUGAGAUAGAAGUCUAGAAUACUUUUCAACUGACAGUUUGUCUGCUGCUUCUUAGAUCUGAAUGAAUACUUGCAUGAGAUACUCUUUUUUUUCUAAUGCAACCUCACUUUACUGUUGUGUCUUGAAAUAAGUAGUGCUUGUCAUGAUGUUGUGGCCCUUUCAUUCUGCAGCGUUUGCCUUUAGCCUCUAUGGAUAUGCUGUUAUACAGAGUGGGUUGAAUUUUUGCAUGAAUCGCAUAUUCAUAGUCUAAGUUCUUUAAACUGCUAAACAAAAGAAAUAUUGCGUCUUAAAUUGAUCAGAGUAGGUGAAAUCUUGCCAAUAUUACAUACUCACGUCGGGGAUUUCUCUCAGACGCAGCUGCUGUCAGGUUCGUUCUCAAGAGCACAUUUGCUAAAUGUUGUAAUGUCGAUGGGGUUUACUGGUUUGUGAGUGCAUUCAAGCUGGUUUUGAUUGAGGAACGUCUAGUGUUCUGGUUCUGCAGUCCCAGAUGUCCCGGUUUUCAUCUGCACCAUUUAUUCAAGUGGCUUAAUGCGAUGCUGGUCGGUUCAGUUGAGUGCACUUGUUUUGUUGUGGUACAGGACUUCAUUUCAGACAGAAGAGAGGUGUGGAAGGACAUUGUGAGCUUGUCUCAGCAGCUGUUGAUUCUUCCUUUCUGAAGGGUUUUACACCAGUAUUACACAUUGUUCAGUUUUAGUGAUUAUUUCAGUUUGUCUUCUGUCCGCUUAUAAACUAUAACCAGAGAUUGUGUGUGUGUGUGUGUGUGUGUGUGUGUGUGUGUGGAUCUGUGUACAGUAUGUGGGUUUGUGUGUGUGUGUGAAGGAAUGUGAAUAAUUAAAGGACUAGAUGCCAAGGUUAUCUGUCUGCGUAAUACAUUGCCUCUUGUGUAAGAGGAUUGAUUUCAUUUCAAAUGUUUACAACUUGAUUGUAGUUUCUGUUCAGACACUGGAUAUUCACUGACCUCUUUUCAUUUGUUACAGAUGACUGUUAAUGGUGCCAUUUC